AGUCUCUCACUCACUCGACACUCACGCAGUUUCGGAGAAGGGCGCAGGCACCAAACACAGCACAGCCAGCCAGCGAUGCUCCAUCUCGUGACCUGAUGGGGCGAUUGGCGCACUGACUGUGAGACGCGAACUGUGUCGAAUCGGGCGUCGACUGUGCAGAGCUCGGCCGGGCCAAUGCCAAAUGGUGCGGAGGCCCAACUCAGAAAGUCCAACAGCAGCAAUAUUUCCACCGAUGACACCAACAGCAGCAAUGAGAAAUCCGGUGGCAAAUCGCCUGCAGUAGCCAGCCCACCAUUCAAGCAGCUGAGCUUCAACGCCGGGAUGACGGCUUCAGACCAACAAGAGGUGGUGACCGUCUCCCUGUCCGAGCUGCCCGUCGGCUCGAUGCCCCCAGGUUCCAACAAGGGGCGCCAGAAGAAAUUCCACCGACACUUCAAGACCGUGUCCGCCGAGGAGCGUGUACUCAACUAUUACUCUUGCGCCUUGGUGGCAGACAUCCUGCUGCAAGGGCACCUCUACAUCACCAAGAACUACUUUGCAUUUUACUCGAACGUCUUCGGAUACGUGACUAAGCUUUUGAUACCGACCGCGUCUGUGCUGAAAGUCACCAAGGAGAAGACGGCCAGAAUCAUUCCGAACGCCGUCGGCAUCGCGACGCUGCACGAGAAACACGUCUUCUCGUCGCUGCUCUCCAGGGACUCGACCUACAAGCUCAUGGUGCAGGUCUGGAAAAACGCGACGGCGCCCGAAAUCGUCGAAAUCGAACCCAUUCCGCCGGCCACGCCAACGCCCGACAUCGAGCCUAUGAUUUCGAUAUCGGCGAGCGACGUGAGCAAAGAGGAAGUGUCGCCGAGCGAGUCGGGCAGCAACCAAGUGGCCGACGACGACGAGGAAUCCUCUCUCUCAGGCAGUGGCAACGACGACCCUCCCUCGAUAGUGGCUGCCAAGUCGCCAGUAUCCAAUUUCUGCGCACGAAAUGUUACAGUGAGUAGCACCUAUGUUCCUAAGACUGCAAGAACGCCGGGCAAGUUUGAGCGGGUGAGACGCUGGGCUCGGCAUCACAUCGAGAACAUGAAGUGGCACGAGCUGCUGCUACUCACCUCCACGCUCCUUCUCUUGGUGCUCUUCCUCUCGGCAGCGUUUUUGUUGUACAGAAUCAACGCAAUCCAAGCUCAAUUCAACUCAAACCCUGUGAUCUCAAGCAGAGACGAUGUUUACAGAGAGAUUAUGAAGUGGCAAGUUCACUUACACAGCAAGUCCUCCAAUGAGGUGCAACAGUUCUUGAACUCUAAUUUGAAUCAGAUAGCCAAGGUGCGGCAGUCGCUGGAGGCAUUGACCGUGCUGGUGACGUCGGACGGCGAGGGCCGGCUCCGCAAGCGCCGCUACCAUCAGGGCAUCCUCGACCCCAACAGUUAACCCGCGAUUCGGACAAGCAAAUCACUCACGUCUCACUUGGCCCGCGACAUGCACAUGUCUGCUGAUAUUAUUACGAUUAUGUCAGACUGAGAGUGAGCGACCGAGCUCCCUGCUGUCGCAAUGAAGCAACGGCAGACGCCCGCGCGCGCCGCAACACGCAAUUAUUUAAUUUUUUACGCAACAUUUGAACGACAAUGAUAAUUAGCUGUUUUGAGCGAUAACAUUUUGUAAUUAUUUAAAGCCUUUUUGCUCAGUUCUCUCAAAUAGAUUGAUUAGUAGGGACAAUUUUUACGAUACGUACUGUUGUUGUUGCUGUUGUUGUUAAUACUAUUGUUUUAAGAGACACUGAACCUCAAUUCUACGCAUUAAUUUGCUGGCGUCCUCGACAAAGAACGGAUGCCCGCGUCGACACGAAAACAGUUCGCUGAGAAAUCAAAAUCUUUCCUCUUUAACAUUAAUGGAUAAAAAGCCAAAAUGAUGUGAUGCAACACGUUAUGACUUUGUAGAUUGGCUUUUGUCUAGUCAUAGGAAAAUUUGGUUGGAUAUUAAAUUAAUUCAUUCGCAGAUACAUUGUGACUUUUGCUGAGAAAAGUUUGCCAUGCAAUAAAACCACCGCGAAUCGGCUCCUGCUAAAGAUAAAGAGAUAAAAAGUGGGUGUUUCUUAGCUAACUGACAUUAUAUAUAAAUUGCAUGUAUGUAUUUAGCCAAAAUAUGUGGUUCUUCAGACCAAACUGAUCGGCUGUAAUGAAAAUGUCACAGGAAUUUCCUAAGCAGUUGUUAACUCUGGAAAUAGCAAUUAGAUUUUUCAUGUGAAACGUACAGACAGACACAGAGAAUAAAAUUAUUUAUGUUUGAAACAGGUUUUGUGAAUUGAAAGAAACAAAUUUGUCGAGUAACACUUUGCUUUAUUCUCACUAGAGAACCAGAAUUUCACCAUUAAUACAGUUUGUUAUUAAACUGCGAGCACAGAGAGGAAAAUUUACUAACACAACGCUCAUCAUCACGGUUCCAAUCCUGCAUCAGUUUCACUUGGGAUUCAGACUACUUUUUCAAAGCCAACUUACAAUCACACAUUAAACGCUUUAUGUCCCCACUAUUGGGACAGCACAAAAUAAUCUAAUCAA